AUGCACAAUCCUACGAAAGCGGAUGUCCCUCAUUGGUUUCUCGCUCUGUUGCAGGUGACAGGUCAACGUCCGUCCCCCGUUCCCAACACGGACCAUGGCAAAGGGACCACCGAUGGAGGAGGAAUGUUUCUCGACUUCCUUUGCCCCCAACAAGCGCAACGUUCUGUGGGCUCUGGACUAUCUCGCCCCCAAAAGAAGCCCGCAAUGCGCAGAAGGCGGUCCAACACAGGCUUCGUGCGAUCUUAUACAUCAGCCUCAGGCACCGAGCAAGCCAUUUCAACGGAGCAAACUGCCUCGGACGAAAUUGAGAAGUGGGCAGAACAGUUACUAGAACCACAAAAUUCAGAAGAGCCACGAAAGCCACUUAUUACCCCAAGUGAACAAAGGCGGAUGCUCAAAGAACUCGAUUUGACCUUCCAACAACCUUCAAAGCAAUACAACAAGGUCUGGAAGUUAUACCUUGCAGCUGGCAGCCCGCCACGGUACAGUUCUGCAGUACUCUCUUAUCUGAGCGACUCUACCAACUCCCAGCACCAGGACUGGGCAUGGACGGUUUUUCAAACCAUUCCUCACUCCAAACGCAGCAGUGAAAAUUACCAACACAUCCUUUCCUCGCAAUACCUUCCAGAACCACCUUGGGAUCCUCCUCAUGUGGUGUCAAUUUGCAACCAAGCUCUUUUCACGCCAUUAGCUGGGGUCUGUAUUAAGUGGAGCCUGCUAUAUGCCACAAAAAACGCAAACUGGUCUCAAUUUUCGGAGAUCUGGACUUUGACAUCCAAAAUCCCAGGUUUGCCCAAAAAUCACUUGAGAGCCUUGGAUGCGUUUAGAAAUAGAGAUAUUCCCGCAUCUUUCCUGGUCAGGGGUCUACUCAGCUUGGUAGAGUACCUGGAGCUUGGAAAAGAGGAUCAUCGACUCCUCACACUGGCUCGCCUAUUGUUUGACCAAGUCCUCAGCGAUGACUCACUAUUAUGGCUCAUACCGACAUCCGACUUGCUUCAAUUAAUUGAAAAAUACCGACCACUAGGGGUUCUUCAGGAAUCUGCCUACAUGAAGAUCAUCACGCGUCUUCACAGCUCAGAUGCACGACCUGAGUUUGUUCAGUCUAUCUUAUUUUAUCGCCAGUUUCGUUCGGAAAUACCAGACGGACGCCCUCCUAAAAAGCUUUUGGUUCGCCUUUUUGACGGUGCUGUGGCUUUUGAGAUGACAGACAAUGUCACAUACCUUUUGGACGAAUUUGCUCAAUUCCAGACAAAACCGUCCAUCUCAGCCUACAGGGAAGCCCUCAAAGCUUUCUCCAAGGCCAGAGAUGUGUCGAAGGUACACCAAACAUUCGACAGGCUUGUAGUAGACCACGGAAACCCAAAAAGUCGCAAAUUGUUGACCCCGCUGCUUUCUAUUCACGCACAUCUAGGGGAUGCGCGCGAGACACAACGGCAUUUCGACCGCAUCUCCGCAGAAUUUGGGCUGCGUCCAAAUACUAUUUGCUGGAACCUUUUGAUCCAGGCCUAUGUGACUGCGGAAAAUCCAUCAGGUGCGGCCUCCACUUUGGCUCGAAUGAUGAAGCAACAUGAGACCCCAAAUUCUCACACGUACGGUACAAUUAUGGCACUUUUUGCCAAGCGCGGCGAUGCGUCAAACGUCCGCCAAUUGUUCUACCAAGCGAAGUUGAGCAAUGUGGAAAUUACAAUGCCAAUGGUGGAUAUUCUUUUGCGCGCAUACCUCAGGAGUGACGAAUACUUCAAAGCGGAAUCGCUUGUCAGAGAAUUCUGGGAGUCAGUGAGAGGAGGUUCUCCCAUGCACUUGUGGAACACCCUUUUGUGGUAUCAUGCCUUCAAGGUCCAGAAACGUUACUUUUCGCGGCUCCUUGGCUAUACUGGCGAGCUUGGGUUGGAUCCAGACGCCGGAACGUACGCGGCCAUCAUGUAUGCCCAUGCCAUUACUCGACAAGCGGGUGAAGCACACCUUGUGCUCAGCAAAAUGGCCGAAGCUGGCAUAGAACCUACCGAGCAACAUUACUCACUAUUGAUGCUUGCGUAUAUGAGAAAGGGAGACCGUGACAUGGUGCACGUCAUCCUUCACGAGAUGCAAGCCCGUCUUGGCAAAGUCGGAAAGAGUGCUAGCCUUUUAAACCUCAGAACGCAGCUUGAGAGAGACUUGGAGAACGCGAAACGGUCCCGUACCCCUGUCGAAGACAUGUCUUACCCGCACGCGGAAGCGGCAUUGAUGAAAUCAAUCAACCAGUACAAGGACGACUCCCCGCCAUCCAAGACACUGUCAUUCGAUGCAAGUGGAUCUGCCAAGCCACAUGCUCCGGCCUUGCAUUACCAACAUUUGAUCAAAGCAUAUGGCAAUACAGCUGCCAUCGACAAAACACACCAGUUGCUUGAUCAGUACCUCAAGAGCAAGCCGUCUACGAGCUCGCGAGAUCAAAAUAUGGCAGAGUUACCAGUUGACUUGAUCAAAUCUUUGAUGUUUGCUCAUUUGAAAGCCCAUGAAUUCAUGAAAGUCGAGGAGUACUGGAAUCUUCUGUGGCCCCGCAUGAUCAAAUCUGCUACCCGCCUUGAUCUUGAUCGAGUUCUCCCUAAUAAAACCGGCAGAGCUGCGAAAGAAGCUGCAGAAAGAACCGCGGAAGAAGCCGCGGAAACUGCUGCGCAGGAAGCUGACGAUUUGGAACUCGCUGUGAUAGAGGCCUUCGAAGAAGUUCAAGCUUUGAGACAAGACGAGAAAGAUGCUGCAGCUUUGACCAAGCCCACCGAUACGAUAGAAGACGCGAAAAGAUUCUACAAAGCUUUCACGUUGCCUUUGAAAAAAGCCCGGGAAAAUGCUGCAAAUACAAAAGAACUUUUCAAGAGAGCUGUGGAAAAAGCCGCUUUCGCAAAACAAGCUGCGGACUCGACAAGAACGACGAGGACAAAGUCUCAAGGAAUCCUGCGCAGUCAGCAGUUCAUUAUGAGUUUCCCCCUCGACAUUUACAUGAAAUCUCUGGCUGCAGACAAUCAGUACCUGAGACUUCAUCAAAUUGUGAGUGAGGUCCAGGCAGCCGGUUUUGCGUUGACUGCCAAAAAUUGGUCUAGCUACAUUGAGCUACUCACAUUAUCUGAAGAGCGCUCUGAUCAGAUCAAGGCAUUCCAGCUUUUUGAAGAGAAGUUCCAGCCCAAUUUCCCUGGUUGGUACUAUAUGAUGCGUGGAUUUGGUCGGCGGCCGGAUGCUUCAGCAGAGUCAAUUCUCCAUCUUGAGGGGCGUGCAGGCGCACACACUCCCCGUCGCGUGAUGGGUAAAAAGGCACGCGAUCAUUGGUGGCGAAUUCAACCUGACUACAUGCAUCCUUCCUACCGCGUCAUGGUGUACCUGGCUAGAAGGUUGCAAUUACUCCGCCGAAACAGCAUCCACGAUGGCGGUGGAACCUUUUCAGAACUCUUCCGCACCACGCCAGAGACACUUCGUAUUGUUGCCGAGAUGCCUCGUAUGGAUGAUCCGUGGCAGAUGCGAUUGCUCCGUGGCCGUCAGAGCGUGCUAUUCAGACUUCCAAAACCAAUUUCGUCGGCGGCUCAAAGGCGGACGGUCAGACUGAAGCUACCCACCAGAGCAACGCCCGACAAACACUCCGCCGGCCCUCCACCCGUGCAAGCACGACCGAAAGCGCCAACCCAGGCCCUCUCUCCCAAGGCACAGGCCGCAGUGGAAGAAACCCCCACCGGUUCGGAGGCGAUGCCACCCGAGCACAAGCCAUCCGAAAAGCGCCCUCUCAGGCGUAAGCGCAAGACGAACUGGAAGCUCUAUAACGUCAGGGCCGGGUGGUAUGCCACUUGCCAGCCGAUAAAUGGCAGGCCCGUAAACAAGUUCACUAAGCAAGGUACCAUGCGCAAAGCGAACUCGCUACGGGGCGUCCCAUCGAGCCCCGAAAUGCGAGCUGGAUAUAAGGAUCCUCUCCUCCGGAAGGGUUCAGCAAUAAAUUAG